UUUUUUCCCUAUUUUUAGUUCUUUUUUCGAUUUACUCAAUUGAUAUGGAAAGUCAACUAACCUGAGAUUUGAAACCAGCAGCAUGAAAUUAAAGUUGUUUAUUCUUUUCCGUUGAAAAGAUUUAGGUUUACGUUAAAGCUCAAAAGAGUAAGGCUUACUUCAAGCGGUUUCAAGUUAAGUUCAAGAGAAGGCGAGAGGGCAAGACGGACUACCGGGCUAGGACCCGACUUAUCAAUCAGGACAAGAACAAGUACAACACCCCAAAAUAUCGUUUGGUCGCGCGAUUUACCAACAAGGAUAUAGUUGCACAAAUUAUACAUGCCAGUAUUUCUGGUGAUAUGGUUCUUGCCGCAGCUUACUCACACGAACUUCCUUGCUAUGGACUUGAAGUUGGCCUUACAAAUUAUGCUGCAGCUUAUUGUGUUGGACUACUUUUGGCUCGCCGAACACUGAAGCAGCUGGAGAUGGAUGACGAGUAUGAGGGAAAUGUUGAGGCAACUGGGGAGGACUUCACUGUCGAACCAGCAGAGAGCAGGAGGCCUUUCCGUGCUCUCCUUGAUGUUGGUCUUGUCAGAACAACCACUGGUAACCGUGUUUUUGGUGUUCUCAAGGGAGCUUUGGAUGGCGGAAUUGAUAUUCCUCACAGUGACAAGAGGUUUGCUGGAUUUAACAAGGACAGUAAGCAACUUGAUCCUGAAGUUCACCGCAAAUACAUUUACGGGGGCCAUGUUGCUGCAUACAUGAGGACUUUGAUGGAAGAUGAGCCAGAGAAGUACCAGUCUCACUUCAGUGAGUACAUAAAGAGAAGCAUUGAACCUGACAACAUGGAGGCAAUGUACAAGAAGGUUCAUGCUGCUAUUCACGCAGAUCCAGAAGCAAAGAAAUCUGAGAAGGCUCCUCCUAAGGAACACAAAAGGUACAACCUGAAGAAGCUGACGUACGAGGAAAGGAAGGCUAAGUUGAUUGAUAGGUUGAAAGCUCUAAAUUCAGCUAAUGAUUAUGAUGAGGAUGAUGAUUAAGCUACUGAAGUUGAUGAUGAUGAUGAUCUAAGGAUGAGGAAUAUGCUGAGUAAACUGAGCAUUGGAAUUUUGGGCAUAUUUUGCCCGCUUAUCUUUUGUUAUGCUGCUAGAAUUUACAUCUUUGCAUGUUUAUUAGGGAUGAGAAACUAGCCUUUUUACCUGCGGAUUAUUUAGUACUUAUAUUAUAUAAGGCACUAUCUGUGGCUUCCAAA